AUGUCAGAUUUCAUUUCUACCAACCCACUUCAGCACGAUAUAUUCAAGCCCAGUGCACUCUACCAAAAUCCAAAGAUGGGAAGCGACCAAUUUAACGAAAAGCCUCGACAAUCCGGCAGAGAUGCUGGAGAGACCUCUAAUCAAACCCUGGAGGAGGCUUCUGAGGAGUUUCACGAUGCCAAGAUAUACCAGGAGGAUGAGGAGAUGACCAGUAUAUGCUCAGAUAUCCGUGCUGAACUGGCUAGGCUGGUUGCCAUGAUCGAUAAUGACAAGGCAUCUGCCAUAGAUGUUCCGGUUGUGCGAUCUGAAAGCCUUAACCUGGAGAAGAUUGGAGAGCAGAAUUCAGAAGCUGAGACGUCAAAGAAGCCAUAG